UAGGUCAAUUUUAUGCCUUCCCCCCCCUCAAAUUCACCUGUAUAUGUCUUCCCAAUUUAAAAAAAUAGUAUUUUAUGGUCGGCCUGCCAAACGUGCUUAUCCUCGGAAUAUAAAUAUUUACAUUCACGAAAGCACAACAGUGAGAAUUUUUCUUACAUUUUAAUGGGCUUCCAAAUGUAUUGCUAAUAAUUAUCAGUAAUUGGAAUUAGGUGUGUUACCCAGAAAAAGGUAAGUGUAUAUUAUUCUUUGGAUUACUAAUUUUCCUGCACAUUCUUUUGAAAUAUAAUGUAUUAGUAGAUUAUAGAGUACUACCCUUAUUUCCAGUAAAUGCAAGUUGGAAUGCUUCAAUUUUGUUCUAAAAAUGUUCAAUGGUAAUGUGUCUACUAUAAACUUCCAGUGAUUUCCAUAAUGUGUACAAUCACAUUUCUUAUUUUUAGGUUUCCAUAUUAUCAUGAAAGAUUGGUUUUUAAAUGUAAAUGUCAACACUCUGUUUAAGCAGUUCUUUCAUUUAGGCAAAUUUAAGAAUCUAUGAAAAAUUUUGCCCCAACUUAUAGCUGAGUGAGGAAUUUUAAAUUAUUCUAUCAUAUGAUUUCUCAGCAUGGAAAAGUCCUAGGGAGAUGUCCCAUAAUAGGAAUGUUGUGGGGGGUAUUGGUGAUGUCAACGCAGGUGCACUACAAUGAAGGAUAGAAUUACUGUGUAUAGAAAUUUCAAGUUCAUUUGAAAGCUCAUGGGAAUAUCAGAAUAUGCCUACAGCUACAGAAAAUAAUCUUAGGACAGUGGCCCUGUGUCAAAUUUUUUGGGGGAAAUAAAAAGAAGCUUCCUGAAGUUUCCAUUAAAACAAAACCAAAAAAAAUAUCGUUUUAAUCGGCUCCACUUCCAUCCCUAUUUGAAGAACAGUAGGUGGAGCUAUUUGAGGUCUAAAAACCAAAAAUCUUUUCUCGGAGUUCAAGAUUGUGCAGUAAUUGGUUAGGACUCUGAGCGCCGCUGUUCACCAAUCAGGGAGAGAAAAGCAGAGCGAUCCUUCCUGCCGCUGUGCACGCGCCUGAAGCACAAAGCACAGCCAGAAACUAACCAUCUCCCCCUGGACUGCGAGGAAACUGAACGGAGGGGCUCUGGUCCCCCGGUCCACGGAUUCCAAGGACGGACCUAGCGGUCCUGACAUCGACCUCGGUGGUGAAGGGAAGAACUGGAAAUAACUCUCCAGGAAAGUGCAAUGAUUCCUGCGCGACUGCACCAGGACUGCAGAGGGCUGGUCCUGCUGGGAGUUCUCUUGGGGAUUCUGUGGGAACCUGGAUGCACCCAAAUCCACUAUUCGGUUCCCGAGGAGCUGGAAACAGGCUCUAAGGUGGGCAACAUCGCCAGGGAUCUGGGGCUGGAGGCCCGGGAAGUGCAGGAGCGCGGAGUCCGCAUCGUCUCCGGAGGUAGGACGCAACUUUUCGCUCUGAAUCCCCGAAGCGGCAGCUUGGUCACCGCGGGCAGGAUAGACCGGGAGGAGCUCUGUAUGGGGGCCGUAAAGUGUCAGCUAAAUCUGGAGAUCUUGAUGGAGGAUAAAGUGAAAAUAUACGGGGUGGUGGUAGAAGUGAGGGACAUUAAUGACAAUGCCCCCUCCUUCCGGGGGAAGGACUUAGAAAUAAAAAUGAGUGAACACGCAGCCACUGGGAUGCGGUUCCCCCUUCCCCACGCUUGGGAUCCGGAUAUCGGCAAAAACUCUCUCCAGAGCUACGAGCUCAGUAACAAUACUCACUUCUCCCUGGCGGUUCAAAGCGGAGCGGACGGUAACAAGUACCCAGAAUUGGUACUGGAGCGCGCCCUGGACCGCGAGGAAAAGGCGGUUCACCACCUGGUUCUCUCAGCCUCCGACGGCGGCGACCCGGUGCGCACUGGCAGCGCGCGCAUCCGCGUGACGGUCCUGGACGCGAACGACAACGCCCCCGCGUUCGCGCAGCCCGAGUACCGCGUGAGCGUCCCCGAGGACGCGGCUGUGGGCACCGCGCUGCUGCGGGUGAACGCCACCGACCCCGACGAAGGGGCCAAUGCGGAAGUGAUGUAUUCCUUCCGCUACAAUAUCACGGUGACGGCCACCGACAGAGGGCGUCCACCGCUGUCCACGAAAACUCACAUCUUACUGAACGUCGCAGACACCAACGACAACCCACCCGCCUUCUCUCAAGCCUUCUACACCGCCUACAUCGCAGAGAACAACCCCAGAGGCGCCUCUAUAAUCUCCGUGACAGCCCACGACCCCGACUAUGGAGAGAACGCCCAGGUCACGUACUCUCUGGUAGAAGACACUGUCCAGGGAGCUCCCCUGUCCUCCUACAUCUCCAUUAACUCGGACACUGGAGUCCUGUACGCGCUGUGCUCCUUCGACUAUGAGCAGUUCCGAGACCUGCAGCUACAAGUGAUGGCACAGGACAGUGGGGACCCUCCAUUCAGCAGCAACGUGUCCCUGAGCCUGUUUGUGCUGGACCAGAACGACAACACGCCAGAAAUCCUAUACCCUGCCCUGCCCACUGAUGGUUCUACUGGCGUGGAGCUGGCACCCCGCUCCGUAGAGCCCGGCUAUCUGGUGACCAAGGUGGUGGCAGUGGACAGAGACUCAGGCCAGAACGCCUGGCUGUCCUACCGCCUGCUGAAGGCCAGCGAGCCAGGGCUCUUCGUGGUGGGGCUGCACACGGGAGAGGUGCGCACUGCAAGGGCCCUGCUGGACAGAGACUCGCUCAAGCAGAGCCUGGUGGUGGCUGUUCAGGACCACGGCCAGCCCCCUCUCUCUGCCACAGUCACACUUACUGUGGCCGUGGCUGACAGCAUCCCAGAUGUCUUGGCAGACCUAAGUAGCCUUGAGUCUCCCGCCAACCCUGAGGACUCUGGCCUUACACUCUACCUGGUAGUGGCAGUGGCCGCCGUCUCUUGUGUCUUCCUUGCCUUUGUCAUCAUGCUGCUGGCACUCAGAUUGAGGUGCUGGCACAAAUUGCGCCUGCUUCUAGGCUCCGGGAAGCGGGUUGCAGGCGUGCCCGCUUCCCACUUUGUGGGUGAUGUGGUGCAUGCAUUCCUGCAGAAGUAUUCCCAUGAGGUCUCUCUCACGGACUCCGGGAAGAGUCCCCUGAUCUUCUCCCAGCCCAACUAUGGGGACACUGACGGCAAUGAGAGAGCUGCGGAAAAGAGCAACCCCCUAUUGUAUCAGGAGAUCCAGCGUUUUCUAGAGUAA